AUGAAUACCUUACGCAAUCUUAUUUUAAUGAAUACACCUGAAGAUUUUGAUCAAGGUUUGGAAUUAAUAAAUACAACUCCAGUAGAAAAUAUUCAACGUAUCUUAGAUGUAAUGUACGAUCCAAAUAAUAAAAUUGAAGAUAUGGUCGAAAUUCGUGAAGAUAUUGAUAAAAUGCUUGACGAUAUUGAUUUAGAACAUAAUCAUGUUGUUUUAAUAUUUCAAACAUUAAGAUUAUUAAAAGAGCAUACACAUCGACUAAUUUUAAAACCAACUGAUUUACAAGAGUUUUUAAUAAAAAAAUUAAAAUUAAAUGAUUAUGUUACUGAAAUGAUUUUAAAGGCAUGGAGUCAAAAACCAAAUCGUGUGUUAAAUAAUCUAAUUAAUGGUCAAGAAUUGGAUCAUGUUUCUUGGGAACUAUCUGUUGGGUUUGCUGAAAAUAAUGUUCAAAUGGCACCAACACCCAAAGCUAAAAUACAAUUUUCUAUUAUGGAUAAUGAACAUAAACAAAAAGAAAUUAGUUUAGAUGUAAAUCAUGCUCAAGUUUCAGAAUUGUAUCAUAAAUUGGAAUCAAUACAACAUCUUUUAGAUAGAAUAAAAUAAUAGUAUUAUAUACGGAGUUUUUAUUUUCACGAGUCACCUAGAGACUAAAAUUUAAUCGCGUUAUAUCAAUUAUU